CACCAAUCGAAAUCCAAUUGUGUUUACACUAUCUUCUAUUAUUCUUACAAUCAAGAAAUCAAGCCGUUAAGAGUCCUCGACCGUUUCAAAUUGGUAUUAAAUCAAAGAUGUGCUACCUUCGCGUCUUCCUUUUUCUCCUGGGUGCUUCCCUCGCGCACUCAUACAACUUCACCGCUGUGGUCACCACUACAAGCGGGCCCAUCAUUGGGGAGAUAGUGUCUCUAUCUACCGGCCACACGGUUAGAAAAUAUUUAGGAGUUCCUUUCGCCAAAGCAGAACGAUUUGAAAACCCUCAACCCCCUACUCCAUGGAAAGAGGUCAAGCAAGCGAUCCUUCCAGGGAAAAUAUGCCCGCAAGUAGAGAUUCCAAUUGCUGGACAAACCACGGCCAUUAUGAGCGAGGACUGUUUGAUUCUAGACGUCUAUGCGCCUAACAUAACCAACUCCUCUCUCCCAGUCAUGGUCUUUAUACAUGGAGGAGGAUUUUUUGCAGGCGGCGCACGAUCUUUUGAUGGCAGUUUUCAAGCAACCAUAGGAAAUGUGAUCGUUGUGGUAAUUCAGUACCGGCUGGGAGUGUUUGGGUAUCUUUAUAAUGGGAAGAAGGGAAAUUUUGGUAUGCUCGAUCAGAUUAUGGCACUGAAGUGGGUACAGAAGAAUAUUAAGAGCUUUGGAGGUAAUCCGCAGCAAGUGACCAUAUACGGAGAAUCUGCGGGGGGCGCUAGUGUCGCCUUGCUAAUGCUGUCACCGCUGACCGUUGGCUUGUUCAAGAAUGUUAUAAUUCAGAGCGGUUCAGCGGUUGCAAACUAUGCAACUGCGUAUAAGGAUGAGGGAGUGAAAGUUUCAAGGUUGGUCGGAGAAUCUCUGAAAUGCUCUUCUGAAGAAGACGUCUUUGUUUGUCUGAAGACUAAACCCGUAAAUGAGCUUGUGGACGAAGGGGUCAGGAGCGUUUCGUACGGACUCAGAACCGGUAAACCAGGACUAGUUCCUGUCGUUGAUGGAUACUUCCUUACAGAUACUCCAUUGUCUCUCCUACAACGAGGCGACUUCAGAAACAUCAACGUUAUGAUUGGUGUCACUAAUUUCGAAUGUUUGCUGACAAAUGUCUUGCCAUUGCCACCUCGUCUGUCUUUUGGCAUCAACGUGACAUUUGGAGUACAACGCGACAUCUUCCUGACCGAAGCACGAAGCCUCUCCCUCAUUCGUGGUCUCACAACCACUCUGCGUGAAUCCGUGGUGUACAGAUACACUGAUUGGCUGAAUGUGAACAGCCCAAUCAGCAAUCGUGGUAUGUUCAUCGAUAUGAUUGGCGACUCCAUGUUUACUGCGCCUGCAGUCCACUCAGCGGAUGCAUUUAUCAAACACGGUUUGAAGACGUAUUUCUAUUGUUGGGAACACAGGCUUCCCAACUAUCCGGGGACCAAUGUGAUAAUGCCAGCAUGGGUUAAGGCAUACCACUCAGCUGACCUACACUUUUUGAUUGACAUUGGUAUUCGGAAGGGGAUUCAAGGACCGGAAGCUGGAUUUAUUUUGAACACGUUGAAAAUAUGGGCUAACUUCGCCACACAUGGGAAACCCGACGCUGGACUAGCCGAAGUCACUUGGCCCGAGUACACCGCGGCCACAAGGCAAUACCUGUCAAUCAAGCCAAACUUCACGGUGGAGUCCAAGCUACGCGCUGAACACGUGGCAUUUUGGAAUGACUACCUGCCUGCUGCUAUUAACGCCACGCCCGUCACAGCACCCCCGAGCACGUGUGGGCAGGAGAGUGUCAAACAGACAGGUUCCUUUGUUCUUGGAUUACCGCUUCUGCUGCUUUGGAUCUGUUUCAUUAAAAUGGCGGAGUGAUUGGCCUUCUUUCUUUUGUUCUUUAAAGAUUUCGCAAAAGAUGGAGUCGUCUAAUAAAGAUGUAGACUGAUGUAGUCGUCUAAUAAAGAUGUAGACUGAUGUAGUCGUCUUAUAAAGAUGUAGACUGAUGUAGUCGUCUAAUAAAGAUGUAGACUGAUGUAGUCGUCUAAUAAAGAUGUAGACUGAUGUAGUUGUCUAAUAAAGAUGUAGACUGA